AAAGCGUCGGCUGCAGGCCUCAGCUGCCGCAGGCCCGUAGCUGCGGCGGCUGCCAGCUGCUGCAACACCGUCGUCAUUGGAGGUGUGUUUUGUGUUUAUUAUUAUAUGAAUCAUUUUACAGCAUUAUCAUGGCGGUUCUCGACCGGGUGUCGCGCGUUUUAUUUUUACACUCAAAGACGCGCCUGGGCACAGUGCUAUAAUUAUCUGCGUGGUCCACCGGCGCACGUUAGCUACAGUCGGCAGUGUGCAGCCGGCAACGUCUCUCGACCGAAAAAGAAAACGUACUAAAUAGGUACACCGCCGUCUUCUCGAUUCGCACCGACGCCAAAAGCAGCAACAGGAAAAAUGGACGCCGAAUCAUUUUUGGAAUUUGCCAGCCAUGUGACCAAAUUGAAGAUGUACCCGUACUUUGAUGUGGCCCACAGUGUACUCUGCGCACUUCACGUGCGAGACGACCUCGGUCCAGGUAAAUGUACUUGUAUAGCAGAAAGCAGUAGGCCCGUUGCGACACCCGUCGCGCGGCCAGUUCACUUGUAAUGUUUUAUGUGGUGCUUUCGUAGGUGCACUGGCUUUUUCCCGUAAGCACCCUAUAUCCUGUUGGCUGUCCACAAUGUUGGUCGUCUUUGCGGGUGGUAUGCUGAGCGCUGCACUGCUCGGCGAACCUCCUCUAGCCCCGCUUAAAAAUACACAACAACUCGUGAUCGCUUCAGCUGUCUGGUAAUCAAUAUAUCUAAGUGUACAAUUGCUUCGUCUGUAUUAUAAUAGUCCGUUUGUAGGUAUUUAGUUUUUUAUACACCGUUUGAUAUCGGGUAUAACAUUGCCAAGUUCCUUCCUGUAAAAUUGGUGUUUUCUGUCAUGAAAGAAAUUUAUCGGUAUGUUGUUAUUCAAAGUUUAUUUCGUUAUUAUUGUUAAGCGCAUUGUGCACACGUUUAAUUCUGUACGUUUUCAGUUGCAAAAAGGUCCACGACGGUGUAUUGCACGCUGCCAAACUAUAUCCUAAUGCGUACAUCAUAAUGAUUAUAGUUGGAACCCUUAAAGGUAUUGAAUGAGUCAGAUUUAUAUUUUAAAGACACAUCUUUAAUCGUGAUUUUAAUUGAUUACCGUUAUUAAUGGCGAGUAAUAUUUAAUUUGUCAAUUUUAGGAAAUGGUGCUUCAUUUACAAAGAUAAUCGAGAGGCUGUUACGUGGAGUAUGGACACCCACAUCAAUUGAAACGUUACAACCUAGUUUGUAUGUGAAAAAUUUGUAAUAAUUUGAACAAUAAUUAUAUUAAAUUACACGUAUUCUUUGUAGCACUACUAAAGCGUGCAUUAUAGCAUCUGUGGUGUUCGUGCUUGAUAUUAAAAGUGAUUUGAUAUCUGCUCCACAUGCAUUUGUCUACGUUUUUGUCAUUGGAUUCUUCAUAUACUUCAAGGUUUGUACAAUAAUUUAAUGUAGACAGCCAACUAUCUAUGGUCAUUACAAAAGUAUAAUUUUUCUUGCUUUGUAAACUAUUGAAUAUUGAUGUAGGAAUAUAAUAAAUGUAAAAAAGAUUCUUUGAGUAAAUUGUUUAAUAAAUAAUUUGGUACUUUUGUCAUAAAAAAUAAAAAUCUCAAUUUGAAAAUUAAAGAAGAUCUGCCUAGAUCAGUAUUCCUCAACCUGGGGGCUCAACCCUUUAGAAAUUCGCCAAAAAUAUGAUUUCAUAUUGGGUCGCCGUGUAUAUAAUAUAUAUUUAAGGGUCGUUAAAAAAUUAUAUUUUCAUUUAGGGGUUUCGACAUUAGAAAGGUUGAAAAACACUAACUUAGAUAAUACAAUAUAUAUUGAACAAUUUUUCUGAAUAUAAUACUCUGUACUUAGAGUCACUGGGGUAAUUAGAAAAAAAAUUUGUUAGUUCUAUAAAUUAUUAGUAGCUGUACAUAUAAUUUAAGUUUUUUUUGUAUGUGCAUUUUUUUCAUUAUCAUCUUAAUUUAAUACUUAUAUUAAUUAUAAAUAUUCAAUUUAAACUUUAAUACUAUUUACUUUACAUGAAAAAUACUAUUUUCAUUUGCUCGUCAUGAUAAUUAUAAUGUCAACUAUUGGAAAUAAUGAAAACAUUAUGUUUUUACUUGAGGUAAACGAUAAUAUAUUGUGAAGACCAAAAAUGGUAACGGUGUUUUCAAAUAUCAAUCUUUUGAAUGUGACUUCAAUAUAUCGGUUCGUUAUCAAAACAUGUAUUGAAUGUUAAUUUAACAUUAAUAUUUUCAAAUGAAAUUAUUUGUUGUCUUCACAUUGAAUAUUUUAUAUAUUUAAAAAAAAAAAUUGUUUUAGAAGUUAGUACUCAAAUAUUAACAAUAAAAUAUAAAUCAGAUUUAUGUAUCUAUAAUAUAAAAUAUAUAAUAAAGAAAAAUUUAGGUUAGAGUAUAUGUUAUGUGUAUUUACAAACUGUUUUGAUUUAAACAAUUACCAUCAGGUAAUAGUUCUCCUAUGGCAAACAAGUAUAUUUAUUAAUUUGUUACAAACAUUUUUUUUAUACUUUUAAUUAAUUUUGUGUCUACUAGAGGAAAAAUAAUAAAUAAUAAUUAAGGAAUAAUAAUAUAUUUCCCCAUGGUUGUACUUUUAUCUAAGGUAGAUUUUUUAAAUCAAAACCAGUUAUAAAUAUACACAACCUAAUCCAAGCUAAGUUUAUUCUUCAUAUUUUUUUAAUUUUUAUUUUCUCAUUUAUGUUUACUUUUAAUAAUAACUAAAUUAUUAUUUUUUAGGUGUUUUCUUCAAUGAUUUUAGGGAUACAUGAGCCAAUGUUACCAUUUGAAAACUUAAUAUGUGCAUUGUUCUUUGGAGGAAUAUUUGAUUAUACUACAAAAGCAUUCAAAAAUACCAAAGACGAUAAAGCAGAUACAAAAAAGAAAGAUUAACCACAAUUGUUGGGUUUUGCCAAAACGCUAUAUUGGUCAAUUUUAUAAAUGUUCAUUAGAUUUGUAUGGGUUAAUAUUCUGAAUAUGGAUGAAAUUCAUAAUGUGAUUAAUUGUUUUAAUUUCUAGUGUAUACAUUUUUUUUCAUUUUGUUCUAAUACUAUGUUCUCUUUAAUUAAGUAUUUAUUUGAUCAGUUUUAAAAGAUGUACCUAUUAUUUUUGUUGCUAAAUUUAAUAUUUAUGAAUUGUUGAUAUUAUCAAAAUGUUUAAGGUAUAAAACUAUUUUUUCUAAUUAUUGUGACAAUAAAAAUAUGAAUGCUAUUUAAUUUAAAAGUUAUAUUUUUAAUUUCCCAAUAUUAAUUUUUUCGACAUGGGAAAACUCAUGGUUAUUAUUUUCAAAUUAUGAUUAAAAUUAAGACAGUUAUGUAAUAAAAUAAACAAAUAUAACUAAAAGAAUAAACUAAAUACAAAAAAGUAAAUAUGGG